AAAGCCAUAUAUAUUAACAGUUCGGUCGCAUCGGACUACUAUAUCCUAUAGUUAUCAUAAAAUUGCAGUUUUUAUAUGGAAAACACUGUAAUAUCACUUAGCUGCCUAUGAGAACUCGGCGCCCAGUGAAGGUAUCUUCAUGAAAUUUGGAAUAUAUGCUUACUUAUACUCAUAUGAGUAUAUAUGUCGAUGUUGGAGGCAUAGCUUAACUGUAUCGUGUAGGAAACAGGAUAUUCUGAAAGAACAUUUGAUGUGCGGCGUGGCAAAUGAAGCUGUUCUAUCCAGUUUUUUUUUUUUCAUUCGAUAUUUUCAUUUAUAUUAUUUUUGUGGCCCAUGUGAAGUGCGCUUGAGCGCAAAACGAGGCGGCCAAAUGCGCAAAAUGCUUUCGCGCAUUCUCGAGUGCUUCGUUCCACUUGAGCCACAUUUAAAUGCCAAAUGGCAAAUGGUCAGCGAGUGUGCCAAAGGGAAGGGCAACCAUUUUCCAUUUUCGAACCACCCAAAAUAGAGGCCAAAUCGGGAGGCUCGGUUCGGUUCGGCUCGCAGCUGGCUGCGGCAUCUACUCUUUCUAUUUUUCCUGUUUUUUUUUUUUUUAAGCUUUUUGCGCGCCUUCUUUUGUUGCACGACGGCAGCUUUCAAUUGUUGCCGGCAAAAGCUGCCGCAGCGAGUGCGAAUUUGAAAUCCUUGCGAAAAGGAAACUAGUUGCGCCACAAGUUGAUCCUGUUUCUUGCGAUCCCUUUUUUUUUUCUAUAUAUUUGCUUUGUUGCCGGCAGACAAUGGCAAUUCAGGCCUAACUAGCUAGAUCCCGAUCCUGCGCAUCUUUAACUCGAUCUUCUUGCUACUUUCAGACUCUCGCAACAGCUGCCAACAUGCUCAAGUGGGCUGUGAACCAGCCGCGCCCUUCCUACCUGGCCGAGCAGCCAGUCGCGGGCACAGAUCCGGGCACAGGCACAAUCCACCAGGUCAUCAGCAGCUACAGCGACUUCCAGGUGGCAGCCACGCCCAUGCGCACAGCCGCCCCCCCGACGCAGCGGCUCAAGCUGAAGCGGCAAUCGCUGCUGCCGGGCCUCCUCCACCUGGGCAAGGAGAAUCAAUUGACAUCGACGCCACUGCCCGCAGCUGGAGCUGGAGCUGGAGUUGGAGCACGCACUCCUCUGCUCCGGGAUCUGAGCAACAUCAUGUCGCCUCUCCACACGCCCAUGACCAUGGCCAUGCCCACGCCCAUGCCCACGCCCACGUCCAAGGCGAAGACCGCUGUCUAUGCCUCCACGCUGCCCACCUUCGAGGCGGAGUACUCGCCCAGCUACAGGGUCGACCAGGAUGGGGAGAACAACAACAACAACAAUGUCAUCUUUCCGGGAGCGCUGCUGGCGCUGCGCGGCAUGGGCAUCCCGGACAGCUACUUCGAGAAGCCGCGCUACCUGGAACAGAAGCCACUUCCCAGUGACCAAGUGGGAGCUGCUCCCCCUCCUUCUUCUGCUGCUGCUGCUCCUGUUCCCAGUGCUGAGCAGACGACGCUCAGCUCCAGCCAAAUGGGCGAUGUCACCUUGGAGCGCAUGAUCGAUGCCAUUCUGGAGAGCACACGCAAGCCGCCAGCUCGUGUCCGUGCCCGAUCCCGUUGCCAUUCCCGUCUGCGCCAGCGGCAGCGUCAGAGGCCGCAGCCUCAGCCUCAGCUUCAGCCUGGUCAGCGUCUCAUCUCGACGAGCCACUCGCCCACCUAUCGACCCGCCUUCGAUCCGGCCAGCGAUCUGUCCGAGUACUGGCAGCCACCUGUGCAUCCGGAUGCCUACGAGGAGCGGGAAGUGUGCUCCCCACAGCCGCUCUCCCAGUCGGGAUCUGGACUGGAACUGGAACUGGCAGGGGGAGGGGGAGGGGGACAGGGCAAGCGGCGUUCGCUGCAGCUGAGGAGGCAGCGCGUGGUGCGUCGCAAGCGGCAGAUCGCGACGAAGAUCUCGUCGAGCGUGCGCCAAUCGGCGCAGAAGCUGCUGGCGGCCGCCUCGCGCUCCGCCCAGAAGCUGCCCCACUCCCAAUCCCGCGCCAAGCAGCGGCACAUCAGCCCCGACAGCGGACACAAUUCCACCAGCGACUGCGAGCUGGAGGAGGAGCUCGCCUCCUUUGGGGCCUGCGUCCUGGAAGCGGCGACCAAGCGGCGGCUCAGCUUCUCCUUUCACGAGGAGCAGUAAAAACGGGUUUCGCGCGGAACUCGAAUUCAACUAAUAUUUGGCUGUCGUAAUAAUUUUAAACACUUUUUUUUUCGUUAUUUGU